AUGGAAUUAGUUGACGAAUUACUCAAAUCAUAUUCAAGUCCUUUUUGGCUUGAAGAACAUUGCUGUCCAAUAUAUGAAUUACAUUUACAAGCCUUACUCGAUCGAUUAUUCCAUCUUCAUCGAUUACACUUUAUUAGUUGUUCGCAUUCAACUUGGUUAAGACCACCAUUUCAACUGACGCACACAUCGGUACGUGAAUUAGGUUUGAUAAACAUAGAGUACAGUAAUGAACAAUGUACGGUAUUGACUCGUUCACCUCUCGGUAUCCAAUGUGAAGUGCUUUAUAUUCAUAUCAGAAAUCGAACUUGUAUACUUGAUCUUAUUCAAACAAUGGCCAAUCUUCGAUUCUUACAAGUUGAAUGCGAUGAGAAUUGGACAAAUCAACAAUCAUUAGAAACAACGGAUCAACUUAUUGAGUGGCUACAAUCUCGUAUCUCAUCGAAAUGGAUGAUUGCAAGACAGAAUCAUCGUUCUUCGCCUGUUGUAUUAUGGAUUCGUUGA